GCUAUCACUGGACUGUAGAUGCGAUUUAAACUGAUAAAGCAGUGUUCCUUAUUAAGUACUGCUCUUUCAGCUAUGUCAAUGAUCGUUUGCUGCGCAAAUUUCGUGUUUUAGAAUAAGAAUAUAUCUCGUUCCCCCUUCUAGGUCCCGGACUACCAAAACGGUCAAGAAGAUCUCAAGAGGGUGUUGGAUUUUUUGGCUAACGGUUAAAAUUUUUUCCCAUAUACGGCUAAUGGUUAAUCUCUCUCCAUUGCUGUCCCAGGAUUUUUUUUGUGUACGGUCAACUUUUUUUUUUAUACGAUUAACGGUUAAAAUUCGUCAAUUUUUACGCCUAAAGGCAAAAUUUUGUGGCCGUUUUACGGCUAACGGUUACCCCAUUGAGACCCUCGGUCAAUGUUGUCUUAUUUAAUGACAUACUUCUUCUACAGUUGUUAGUCUCAAUCCGGACGCGAUAGAACACUUUGUGCUGGACGUUCAAGCGCUUUAUUUUACAGCCCGAUCUGCCAUUGAGGACAGUACUUCAACUCCAGAAAGACUAACCGGCCUUUGGACUAAGUUGGAAGCCGCUGUAAUGAAUUUAAGAAAAAUCCAAUGGCAUCUUAUAACCACGAAACCCUGUGCUGAGGACAUUUUGGCCCCAUUAGUUCAAAGUCUGUCGACCAUAGAAAUAAGGAUUGGUAAAGUUAUCGAGCAGUACAGCUGCCUUGUUCCUUUUCUAAGGGAGCAGUUGUGUUACCGGGCACCUGUGACCUCAACGGAAUGGGUUGGUAGACCAUCCUACGUAAUUACGAAGGAGCAGUUGGAAGUGAUGCGCUCCUUUGGUUUGUCAUGGGUAGAAAUAGCGAAAGCACUAGGGGUCUCGAUUUCAACAAUAUGGAGACGUCGCAUCUAUCAUGAAAUGGAAAGAAGAAAGCAUUAUGGAAGAAGGAAGCUAGGUAUGCAAGAGCUGAUAGAUAUAGUGGCUGAAAUAAAGUCCAGAAGUGUGAAUGCGGGCAUCAUUAUGAUCGAGGGUGAAUUAGCGGCUCGAUCCCUCUACGCUAGAAGAUCUGCCAUCGCAGAGGCAUUAGUUCGCCAUGAUCCUAUAGGUGCAGGCCUGCGGUGGAGAAAUUUGACCCCAAGAGUUACUUAUAGCGUUCCAGGUAAUUUUACAUUCUGAGUUAUAAAACUUUGAACCGCAAAUCAUAGAUUUGAAUAGAUGUGAUCAAGUGUGCUGCUUAUUUCCAUAUUGCAACGCAUGAAGCAUGUGUCGCUAAGAGAAUUGUGCAGGUUUUGAUGUCCAUUUUUUACACGUCGACCUUAACAGAAAAGGAGCUCAUGUCCGUCCAACAUUACCACAUCUUGAGUAUGACUUUGGA